AUGGCUGACCUAAAUGCGAUCGAAAAGAAGUUGCCCUUCAAGCCGACGGCACUGCGCAACACGCGGCCGAAACCAACAUUGAGUAGUAGCACGGGCGACGAUGGCUUGCCAGCUUCGGCAGGCGUAUGUAGCAACAGUGCCGGCGGGCGAAGCGACGAGGAGGAAGACACGUUGGCGUUGUUCCGCCGCGCCAAAGAGAUGGCGCCGAUUGUUGAGGCGGACCGCAAGCGGCGGAAGCACAGACAGCUGCAGAAACAGAAGGAACAGGAAGAAGCUCGCAGCAGAGCGCUGGCGAGCAGCAAGCGUCCAUUAACCGAGCAAGAAGACACCGAUACGGCCCAGGCGACGACACCCACUACAACGCAGGCAUCGGCGAUGUCGGAGGACGGAAUCCUAGCCACACAGGAAGAGGACAAUAGGAAUAGAGAACUCGUAACACCACCAUCCUCGAAACGCUCUCGGCGCGAUACCUCGACCUUGAUCACCAAGCCUGAGGAUGUUGACCUCAGCAACAGGGAGUCGGUGCAGAGCUCACCCACGAUGCGUACAACCCGCUCUCUGGCCCCUGACCGCUCCAUGACGCCUGCUCUUUACGGCACGUCUCUGUACGGUACCGGCGCAUCCACGUCGACACAUCACGCGCAUGCGCGGCCCCGUCUGGGUGGUGCGGCGCCUGCAGGAUCACAAGUUAUACUCCUUGAAUCGGAUUCCGAGCCCGAGAUCUCCGCUCCUGCUGGCACCACGUCGGUAAAAGGCAUUGAGCAAGCCGCAACACUGGACCUUGACCUAAACACCGACGCACUUACAGACGAGGAUGACGACGAAUUCUCAGAAUAUGUUCGCAAGGCGCAAGAGCAGCGUGACAAGCAUAUUUUGCAGAUGGAACAAGCUGCCGCAGCAUCGCAACUUUCACCGGCGUCUAGGUACGCAUCAACAGGGCUGUCCCCAGCGCCGGAUAACGCCAAGCAGGCCAUGGACAUUGUCGUGACAUCCGAGGUGCCCGGCGCGCGUCAUGUCUUGGCCAGGAUUUGCUUCGACCGUCCCUUGCGCGCGGUGCGAGACUGCUGGACGAACUCCCAGCACAAGCGGAAUGUUCCCCUGCACGGCCUACUCGAACACGACGAGGACGUGAUUCUCACAUGGCGACGAAAAAAGGUCUACAUGAGCUCCACACUGCUGAGCCUAGGCAUCCGGCCCAGUGAGGACGGGUCCGGGGCCGCGGUGAUGGACGGGUAUGCGCGAGACGGGUUCAACGACGACCGCACAAGAGUGCACAUGGAGGCGUGGACGCCCGCGCAGUUUGCGCAGAUGGAGCGCGAGGAGGAACGUCGACGACGACGGGACUUGUCGGAUGAGCCGGCGAGCGGCGCCGGCGACAACGACGAGGAAGACACUGCGGCCGCGGUGUUGCGCGUCAUACUCAAAACAAGAGGCGGCGAGCCGGUCAAGCUCAGAGUCCUCCCCGAAACGACCACGGAGACACUGGUAGCAGCGUUUCGCGCGCAGCGCGACGUGCCGCAAGAGGCAGACGUGGGACUAUGGUUCGACGGCCUGAGAUUGGAAGCCGGCGCGACGCUGAGUGAUGCAGGUAUAGAUGACAUGGAUACGAUAGAGGUGCAUGUCAAGUAG